AUGAUAGAAAAGUCUAAGAUACUAACGGCAAUUGGGAUUGUAGUGGCUGUUGUGAUUUCUGUUUAUGGAAUUCACUAACUUUACAUUCAACAUGAGGCUAAUAGAAUUGAUAAGUUUAGAAAGCAUGCAGGCUUUUAUGUUUUAAAACAAGACGUGAAUAAAACUCAAGAUGGUGGUUUCGUUGGGUUUCUUUCUUGGAAGCCUGGUAAAAAGGAAUAAGAAGAACCUCUUUCUCCUGUGAUAAGAGAACUAAAAGUAAUUUUCAAAGUAGAUGGUAAGAAUGAAUGCCAAUUUAAAAUUACAGAUAUUGAAGAUUCUAGAUUUUAGUUACCUUAUAAUGAGCCUUUCCCUUUUACUAAAGAGCAGGGAUAAGAAAGUAAAUUAGAAAGAAUAUUUGAUUACAAGGUAAGUCAAGUAGGAGAACAAUUCUACUUUGAAUUGUUUAGAAAAUCUUCAGGAUAAACUAUUUUUUCAACAAAAGAUCGUCCUAUUUUAUUCACAGAUAAAUACUUAGAAAUUUCAACAGAAAUGAAUGAAGAAAUGAUCUUUGGUCUUGGCGAUAGAAGAACAGAUUUUUAAAUUAAAUCAGGCAGAUACUCUUUCUGGAAUGCUGAUGCCAUGUGGAUUGAUAACGGAACUCCUGGAAAAUCAAUUUACGGAUAUCAUCCUAUGUACUUAAGAAGAGAAGUUAUUGAAAAUAAUUUCCACGUUACUCUUUUCAGAAACACUUAUGGUCUAUAAGUUGAUUACAAAUAAAACUAAUAUUUGACUUAUAAAACGAUUGGUGGAAAUUUAGAUUUCAAAUUCUUCCUUGGUGACUCAAACCCUGAAAAUGCAAUUAAACUUUACCACAACUAUGUAAAUGGUUGGAUACUUCAUCCUUUUUGGGUUUAAGGUUUUCAUUAAUGCAGAUGGGGAUAUAAAUCAUCUGAUUAGCUCAUGGAAGUGUGGGAUAAGUACAAUUCUUUAUAAAUACCUAUUGAUUCUUUGUGGUCCGAUAUUGAUUACAUGUAUAAGUAUUAAGAUUUCACAAUCGAUACUGAAAGAUUUAAUCUAACUUAGAUGCAAACAAUUUAUAACUUAUCAAACCCACAAGGUGUUCACUGGAGCAGUAUUAUUGAUGUUGGCAUUUCAAUAGAAGAAGAGGGAGCAAUUAAAGGACAAGAAAUGAAUAUUUUUAUAUAGAGUGCUAAAACAAAAGAGCCUAUCAUAGGAACUGUAUGGCCAGGAAAAACUUACUUCCCAGAUUUCAAUCACCCAAAUUCCACUGAAUAUUGGUAUGAAGGGUUUGUCAAUUUAACAAAAUAUGGGCUUUAAUAAGAUGGUAUUUGGAUAGAUAUGAACGAAUAUUCUAAUUUUGUUACAGGAGAAGUUGGAAAGGAUGAAAGCACUCUAGUUAAUGAAAUCAAAACUUUCUUUACAAGCGAAAAGCCUAAUCUUCCUUUUAAUCCUUUAGAGGUGAGAAGGUUGGAUCAUAGAACUCUCUCUUUGGAUGCUAUACACUACAGUGGAGAUUAAGCUGUAUUAGUAAAUGCGACUAAAAAUUACACUAUAACUUAAUAUGACAUGCAUAAUAUUAAUGGUUUUGGUGAAGGUCUCGCAACUUACAAAGCAGCAAAAAGACUUGGAAAAAAACUCACUUUUAUUCUUUCUAGAUCGUCCAUGUUCGGAAGUGGAAGAUAUGUUUAACAUUGGAAUGGAGAUGCUUUUUCAACUUGGGAAUAUUUACGUUUGAGCAUACCUUCAAUUAUGAAUUUCUAAAUGUAUGGUAUUCCUUUUGUUGGAGAUGACAUUUGUGGUUUGGCUCUCGAUGCUACAGCUGAACUUUGUGCUAGAUGGUAGUAAUUAGGUUCCCUUUAUCCUUUCUCCAGAAAUCAUAAUGGAGAUAAAUAUUCACCUCAAGAACCGUAUGCAUUCCCUAAGCAUCCAUAUGUCCUUUCAUCAACAAUUAAAACUCUAAAUGUUAGAUACCAACUAUUAAAGUUUUAUUAUCAUCUGUUUGUUAAGGGUAAUGGCUUGGGAACAAUUUUUAGACCUCUUUUCUGGGAAUUCCCUGGCGACGAAUAAUCAUAUUAACAUUAGUUCCAAUUCAUGCUUGGGGAUUACUUAUUAGCUUCUCCUGUUGUAUAUAGUGGAAACACAUUUACUCAAAAAACUAAGCAUUGCGUUUAUAUCCCUGAAAAUAGCCUUUUCUUUGAUUUUUAUAAUUAUAGUCCUAUUUAAGGAGGUGAUCACUGCUUCUAAGUACCUUUUGAUGCUGUUGUUCCUAUGUAUAUCAAAUCGGGUAAAAUUUUACAUUUACAAGAUAGAAAAAAUACUCUAAGAAGUAGAUUCCUUGAUAAUAGAUUUACUUUAUUAAUUGCUCUUGACGAAAAUAACGAAUCUAGUGGAUCUAUUUUAACCAUUAAUAAUUAUAACGAAGAUGAUAAUAUAAUUUAAAAUUGUACUGAACAACAAAACUGUGUUGCUAAUUUAUCUGCAAAAGUUAAUUCAAAAUCUGGAACCGAAAUGGAAAUAGAAAUCAAAGUGAAUUAGGCUGCAGCUUCUACAAAUUUCCAAGAAAUAAUUGUUGAUAAAUUGAUAAUUGUAGGUAUUAAGAAAAGUGAGUCCUACAAAUUCAAGAUAAUAGAUAUGAUAAAUAAUCCUUUUAUUAUAAAUAAAGAUGGAAGUGAAUUAAAUUUAUAAUUCGAUUUGUGA